GAGAUUUAUGGCUAGAAGACUUAGAGAUUCACUGAGAAAAUCUUAUGCUGUUUUAUUUUCAGAGCACUGGGAUAGAUAUUUUGACUCAUAGUGACUGGAACAUAUCAUAAAUUUCAUAACUUGGAAUGAGUGUACAAACUACUACAGAGCCAAGUAUGCUGACAGAGAAUGUGGGCACAAGGAAAGAUGGCCACUAACGUGUGGCCACAGGGCAGUGGGGUGUUAGGUCCUGUGCAAAUUCUUUCUUGUGUUGGUAACUGCUGCCUAACCAGCACUGGGGUAAAGUUAGAUAGGAAGUCCAUUGUUGCCGUGAGUUUCAUCGCAGCAUUCCUCUGUCUCAUCAUCAUUCGUCUCACAAAUGAAGUAACUUUCCCUUUGAUCCUAAACUGCUUUGGACAAACCAGAGUCAAGUGGAUCCCAUUUUCUAAUGGCCAAAGGCAGCCUCUGAAAACUCAUUAUGGAUAUAUAAAUGUAAAAACACAAGAGCCUCUACAUCUUGACUGUGACCUCUGUGCCAUUGUUUCAAACUCGGGACAGAUGGCUGGCCAGAGGGUGGGCACUGAGAUAGACAAGUCCUCCUGCAUAUGGAGGAUGAACAAUGCUCCCACAAAGGGCUAUGAAGAAGAUGUUGGGAAGAGGACAACCAUAAGAGUGGUCUCACACACAAGUGUGCCUCUCCUGCUCAAGAAUCCUGAGUACUUUUUCAAAGAAACCAACAGCACCAUUUACGUGAUCUGGGGUCCUUUUCGAAACAUGAGGAGGGAUGGGAAUGGCAUUGUGUACAACAUGCUGAAGAAAACUGUUGACAGCUACCCAACUGCCAAAAUCUACGUGACAACGGAGAAGCGCAUGAGUUACUGCGAUGCCGUGUUUAAGAAGGAGACGGGAAAAGACCGAGUCCAGUCAGGUUCAUAUCUCAGCACGGGUUGGUUUACCUUAAUUUUGGCUAUGGAUGCCUGCUAUGGAAUUCAUGUCUAUGGGAUGAUAAAUGACACCUACUGCAAGUCAGAAGGCUUUCGCAAAGUUCCCUACCACUAUUACGAGCCAGGAAGAGAUGAGUGUGAGGAAUACUUUCUCCAUGAAAAUGCUCCAUAUGGAGGCCACAGAUUUAUCACAGAAAAGAAAGUAUUUGCUAAGUGGGCCAAGAAGCACACAAUAAUAUUUACACAUCCCAACUGGACAGUGUCUUGAUACUGAUUUACUUAACUCUCCCUUAACAGCAUAUUACAAAAAUGUCUCAGUUUACAAUAGUUUUGCUUACAUCUGGCUGGCCUUUCUCAGCCUAGGUAACACUAAACUAAAAGCCAGGAGACAAAGAGGGUGGUGGUUCAGCUGUUAAGCAAAAUUAAUUAUCUGUGGAAGGCAGACACAUUGUUUGUUAUUUCUUAGGGUUUUAAUCCACACUAUGCACUUUAUACUUUAACUGGAUUUUACUUCAAGGCAGGAGCAGUUAAAGACAGAUGAGAUUUCCUAUAUAUACAGGUGCACACAAAGAGCAUGAUGGUCCUUUGAAAAUUGUCCAUCGUCUCAGAUAUUUAAAAAUUAUUAUUUGUAGCUCAUUUGCUGUACUGAAGCACUAGUUCCAUUUGUGGUAUCAGGAGAAAUUUUCAACAGGAGAAAUGUGAAGAAAAAUACAGAUCUCCAAGGUCCAGGAGUGAAUAAAUUUUAAAAAAUAACACCUGAAUAUAUUGAUAUACAGUAUAUUGUGAGCACUUGCAUAUAUGGUAAAAUUAGAGAUGAGCUAAGCAUGGUUCUUGAACUGUACCCAACUAUUGAAUGAGAAGAUAUUACUUAGUCAAGACUCUUGUUUAAUUCAUAACUUCUGAAAUGCAGCUUCCUUCCACUGUGGUCAGUCUGCACCAUCUGAGGCUAUGGAGUUUGUGCUUUUUGAAGCUGUUGUCCCACACUUCAGUUCCAGCAGAAUGGCACUUGGCAAAGAUUGUGUUUUGCAGCCCAUGAUAAACCUUUGGAUGUCAUACCAAGCCUGCUAUCAGUAUGCAAGCUGGUGAGUGUAAAGUUGUCUCACUAAUAUCUCCAUUUACUCCAGUUGUGCAUUUGACUUACUCCAACAUCCAAAUAACAGUGUUUUGACAGUAUUUCCCAUGCAGCCAUCAUAAUUUAUUUUAGAUCUUCAGUUUCUCCAUCUUUAAAAACAAGAGUAGUGUCUAUCUACCUCACAAGAGAGUUGUGAGGAUUAAUUUAAUUUCAUUUAAAGCACUUUCCUGAUGCAGAAUGCUCCAGAUCAUUUAUUCUUAACACAAAAACAAUGGUACCUGUCAUUUAUUCUUGUCUGUUGGGUAUUUGAAGAAAGUGACAGUGUGUCUGACUCUGAUGGCAAAUUGUUCUGUGCAUCCACUUUCCUACUGAGGAUAAUUUGUAAUACUGAGUUCUAUCAGCUUGCAUUCCUUCAGAUGAAGUUGAAAGAACUCCCCAUCUCACAGUAUUAUCUGCACAUUAAAAGGCAGUUCAAGAACCUUAAAAUAUACUCAUCUCUAGUUUAAGUAUGUAUUUCCAAGCUUACUGUCAUGGAAAGUUUUCAACUGCAGCAGACUCAUUUGUAAUAUGACAAUAAUUCAAAUACGUAUGUGAGUUUUAUUUAAACUGUAUUUAAACUAAUGCUUUAAGUUUAGAAUGUGUCCUAUGAAUUUUUUAACAUCCAGAAUGUCAGAUUCAACACUGUAAUAGCCAAUACUGUGAACACUUGAAGGAAUUAUGUGUGGAACAUGUCACACAGGGUUUACUCACACUACUUAGACAUUUACCAACAGGAAACUUUGUAUGCUUUUGUAAAUCAAGAAAAGGGGAAAGUAAAAAGCUAUUUUUACAUGUAAGUAUUUGUAUAGUGACUGUUUCCUAUUGUAUAUUUGUAUAUAUAAAUCUAUAUUUUAUAUAUUCAUUGCAUGUAUAUUCUCUCAUCAACAGCUCAAACUUAUAGGAUGGGGAGGAAAUCUCUUCCUCAUCAUUCCUCCUCCUGAUCAUUGUUUUCUUGUUCCUGUUGGUAGGUGAUUCCAGGGUAUCAUCUCUGUUGCAUCUUUUAUUUUCUACCAUAAAUGCAGCUCUCUGAUUUUAUUUUUUUUUUUAUAUAAUAUAGCUCAGCUUUCACUGCUUUCUUUAGUACUCUUACCUAUUCAUUCUGGUUGUCAGACAAAGGCUGGGGCCAUGCUUAUGAUCUUGGAUAAACAUCUGUAUUCAAACACAGCCUUUGUCCCAGGUUUCUGGCAUGACUUACGUCUCACCUUCCUGUUUGGAGAAGGAGAACAAUAGUAUUUUCCUACUACCUUUCUUGACUGACCUUCUUGAAAGCUGUUGAGAUGAGUAUUCCCAUUUUUAACUUAUUUGUAUGAUGCUUUGAAGAAAAGGUGCCCAAAGUGUCUGAAAAUUACAUGCAAUGCUGUGUUAUACAAGUAAUUAAAAGUGGCUGUUUCUUGUCCCUGGAGUUUAAAAUCAGUUGUAUGCUGAUACAACAUGGGAUGAAAUCAAAAGGGGGGGAAGAGUCAUGUUUGGAAGAAGAGCUGUAGUAGAAAAACCAGACUUAUUAUCAUGCAUCUGUUCAGUUCACAUAGGUGGCUGGAUAUGUGGAAAGGUAAUAAAAAAUUGUAAGGCAGAAUUUGAAAAAUGCAGGACAUGCAAAAUUAGGGAGAAUGUUCCACACAUAUUUUACAGGGCAGCUUGGAAAGUCCUACAAUUUCCUUAAGGGAAGAGGAACUGCAAGGAAGAGCAUCAACCAAUUGAACUUGUAUUUAGAAUGUUUCUGGGUUAAUAGAAAGCUGCUAUGAAAGUGCUGCACAUGAAAUUGUUUGGACUGUACAGACUUCCAUGGAGUGUUUCUCCCCCUGGGUGUUACUCCCCAGUGAGCAUAAAGAUUCUGCCUGAGUUGUGUUCACUUGGUUUUUAAGCUUGAGAAAGGUUUUAAGGUAAUUAAUACUUUCCAAUUCACCAUAAAUGUGUUGUAAAAUACGUGCUUCAUUCUGAACCUCUUUGAAGAAUGCUUGCAUGCUGCAUGAAACACUAUCACAAAGGAUAGCUAAGAUAAAUACUGCUCUAAGAACAUCUACAUGUACACAAAAUUGAGAACACAAUUAGAGUUUGGGCGUCACAGAGCAAAAUAAAGGUGUUACUGUCUGCCUGGAUUUGCACUUAGAGCAGAUCCACAUUAGAAACAUUGCAGCAGGCUUCAUUCGUACUAGAAAAAAUUAAUAUCAGUUCUCUUACUUAAAUGAGCCUGUCUUUAGCAUGUUAAAUGCAUUUACAUGAUUUUUAUUGUACGAGUAAGUAACUGUGACCACUGUGUUAAAGAUGAUUCUACAAAGAAAUUACGUGGUUGAAAUCUGUUAAAACCUAGCUGUGGUACUAAAGAAAGAAUGUCAGUUCUCGGGUGUCUAUAAGGGAUCUUGGUGGUUCACCUUCUGAGAGCAGUUAAGAAAUCAGCUGAGAAUCACUUAUUAAUUCUAUAAGAUAAAACUACUACAGUUUACCUGAAUGUAAUCAUAUCCUAAUUGCUUAUUCAUUCAAGCAGUCCUAUUUUAAUCAACUACUCUUGAGUAUAAAACAGGCAGGGAGUUUACCUGAGGUUUUCAAAAUGCAUUUUCACAUUGCUGUUAAUAGAGGAACCCUCAAAAAUAGUUUGGCCUUUUUUGUUUUUCCUCAUCAUGAGCUGAGUAGUCAUCAAAAAUUUCUUUUAAAAUGUAGGGGGGAUUUAAAUAAACUUUUUUUUUUUUUUUUUUUUUUUUUUUUUGUAAGAGGGGGAAAAAGGGCAUAAAUGGUAUGGUUUUAAUAAACAUUUAAAUGUUAAUAUACUUUAUGUUUUAUGUUACAUUACCUUCUGACUUUUUAUUUUCAUAGCAAAAAGUUUUAAAUAGGAGCAGAAAUUUUCAUUUUAAAAUAUUCUUUUUGGCUGGCUAAUUACUAUUCAUAGAUAAAUGACUGAAUAAAAUAAGUAAGUGUUGUUUUUCUUUCUAAACUGACAUAACAGACAUCUUCCCAACCUUUUCAUCCCCAUUAGAUGUCCAGAUCACAUCCUUCUGCUUAUUCCAAAGCCUCUUCUCAGAAAGAAAAAAAUUAGUUUAUAUAUCCAGCCAAAUUCCCUUUCCAUCUGGGCUGGGAGGCUCCAUCUGCAGACUGCUCCUAUCAGUUACAUCAGUAAAUGGGGAGGACUUAUGGAGAGCUCUACUUAGGAGCAGAUGGUGUUCCAACUUCUAAAAAGUGCCCCUAAACUGCUUUAGGCAAGGAGUACCCAUUGAUCUCUCUUGGAAAUACUUUACUAAUGUAGUGUUCAGUUUCUUCAAAUGCCUUUAGCUCCAGUGUAGAAUAAUUGUCCUACUCUUUUGAGUAGGAAUUAUCAGCAAUGGGAAAGCACACCCUUUACAGGAAAAAAUGGAGGCAAAUUCUGUGUUGUUAAAUAUUUGCACAUAAAUACCACCAUGGAUGAAGAAGUCAGCCUGAUACAAAUUAUCUGAACCACUCACUGAUUUAGGGAUCUCUGAGGACUCUCUUCAAAACUAAUGGAAGUGGCUUUGGCAAGUUCAUGAAUACAGCACCUACCCCAGUAAAAUCCUUGCACUCCUGGGUGCCAGGGUAAGCAGUGUUUUGUCUGGGAAGUACCAAAGCACAAAAUACUUGGCAGAAUUAAUAAAGAGAGACCUAUCCAGCUCUUGGAGGGAUGAUGCUCAUGGUCUUCCAUUAUUCACCUGCUAGUGGGCUGGACUGAAGUAGGACCCCACACAAAGAUAGCUGGUAGCAGAGCACAGAUACUCAACCAGAAGACGUGUCCAGGUAAGUAAGAAUUAAGUAAAUAAUCCCUUAUGGAUUAUAGCUGGAUGGUGCUCUUAGUAAGCAGGAAAUCAGAAGCACUUUACAUAUUGAUGCUUAGAAUUUGCUGUCUUUUUUUCUGCAUGUUUGUCAGAAAUAGUGUGUCUUUAGUUGUGCUGAAGCAAGGCUGGGGUGUGUUCAUGAUGAACCUUAGGGUACCCACAAGAGUGAACCUCAGUGUUAGUAUCACACAGGAGCUGUCUGUGGGCAUUGUGAUUACUGUGAGCAACAGUCAUAUAUUUAUUUUUAAAAGUCCUGUUAUUCCUGACUAUAUUUAGUUCCUUUGGGGAGGAAACGUUUCAUUUUCAACAGAUCUGUUUCAUUCUGUUCCUUCUUUCCUGAGAGGAUGCACAGGAAUGAAACUUAACCAUAGAGCAGUGAAGCCAGCCACCAGAUUGAUUUGUAUUUUUCUGGCUAUUGCUGUGAUGUGUAUAGCUGAAGUCAUAGGGAAGGGGAAGCUUUUUGUAAACCUUGUCUAGCACAAUCUGCAGAAGAUUGAGUGUGUUCUGGAUUAGAGUCUCCUAGGCAAACCCUCCAAAAGGGGCUGAGGGAGAAAGAAAAGGUCUCUGUCCAUUGAGAGGACUUCUGUGGAAGCCAUACUAACAUGUGUAGCACAUCUGGGCCUGCUCCCCCGGAUUUUGUAGGUCCCCACCCAGCUGCAGCUUUGGGCUCUUUCCAGCCCCAGUGGAGAAGAAUUCUCCAUCUGAUUUAGGCAGCCUGUGAUCACACAAAGCCUGCCCAUCCUCCCCUUCUGUGGACCAGGAGAGUGCUGAAUCUGCCCUGGGGCUGCCGUGUCAGAGCAGGGACACACUCCCAGUCAGCAGCGUGAUUUGCUUGGGGCACAGUCUCACCUCAGGUGCUGAACUCAGUUUCUUUGAAUAUGAUAGGAAAGAUAUCACUGGGUUUUGUUAUUGUUUGUAUUAUUAACUCACAAAGAGUUACUGUUUCAUGGAUGUCUUACACAGCUGAUUUAAUGUCUUUUUUUUGCAUUGCUUGCUGCUGUUUCUGGGAAUUCCUCAAAAUAUGCAGCUGUCAACAUCUUCCACUGCUGUUCUAAUUUAUUGGAAAGAGACUGUAAACUUGAACUAAUGCAUGUUCUUACCAUGUAUUAUGCAUGAUAGCAUGUUACACAUUUUAUUCUCCACUAUAAUAAAUAAUGUAAGUUUUGUGUAAAGUUAGUUCAAGCAGAAGUAGUACUUUUUCUUUUUCUCAUAUCAUGUUUUGCCCAGAGCACUUUGCUGGAGUUCUGUUAGUGCUGUUAGCAGCUGGCAGCAAAUAAACUGUUGAAACCAGUCAGGAAAUAAUUACUAAAUUUGACAUUUUUCAUUGAAAUAUCAGAAAUAAUUCAGCUUGCUUUUGUGAACCUAUUCUAGCAUUCACAAUCACAAUUCUAUGUUCUGUUCUAAGGAAAUCUCACAUCCCAAGUGUAACUUGGGAAUGACUUUUUUGAUACUGAUGUUGUUAAGAUGUUAAGAGGGCAAUGAUCCCAAAGUUUCUUUAUUUACAGGAGUAUCUUUUCACUGCAAAUUGAACAUGUGGAAGAUUGGCUAAGAUGCCUGCAGAGUUUUUAAUAAUUUUGCUACUGAAAAUAAUAUUUCUGAAGAUGGUUGAAGGAAAAACAAAUUGUUUGCUCACUGCUCUUUUGGCUGAUCACCUGCACCCCCCUCAUACAGAGACACAGGGCAAACACAUUGAGUGUCUGCAAACACAAUGGGUGUCUGUAGGGAAGGUCCCUUUUUCAUCAGGUAGGGGCAAGUAAGAACAACUAAGACUAAUCUACAUGGUAAAUACAGCUUAUAGUACUUGUUGAUUAAUGUUUAUUCUGUGUAUUUCCAAAGCCUGUGUCUGUGUAAGCAAAGAAUUAGCUUAGCUGGAUAGGAUCUGUAGCCUGAAACUGUUGGUGCUAAGGACCUGAUCUCCACACUUACCUCUAGUUUGAUCCCAGGGGCUGAGUGCCACUAGUAAUUGGAGCACAUCCUUUGCUUCCAUCCAGAAGGAAUCUGGUGUACAUGCUCAGGAACACUCCAUCAUGCAAACUAAAGCUCAUUAAGUGAGGUCACUGUACUGGACUGUCCCACAGCAAAGUGGAAUUCCUGCUAGAACAUCUUUUAACUCAGGCUUUGCAAGGGUAUUUUUUUCCAUGGGUAUCUUUCUUUCAAAUUUGAGAUCUGAUUCCUCCUGUCAGACCAUGGGAACCAAGGGCUCCUGAUUAUUCCUAAAUUUACCAUCCAAAUGUGCUCCAUAAAUCAGGAGUGUGAUAUAGGACAAAGUGAUCCAACAUGGGUACAGCAUGGAAAGUGCUUUGUCUGAUAAAGAGUUAAUGUGAUUCUGCUUGUGGAUGUAAUUUUAUCCUGAACAUGCUGGGUGCUUGCUAAUGCAUGCAUUGUUUUUAUAUACUGCAAGACACAUAAAAAUUCCCUUAAUCAUUUUCCCAGGGUAAUUUUGUUCUUGUGGCCUUCCAGUUGUAUCUGUAUAUGUGUGCAUAUAUGCAUUUAUAUACAGUGUGCAAGCAUUCUUCUGUUCUUAGAAAGUUGCUACUAUAUGCUGCUAACAUAAACUUUUUUAGGUGGUUCAUGUUACACAAUUUAUUACUUGUAUUCUUUGGUUGCCUUUUGUAAUGCUGACAAGUGUACUGAUAGCAGAUACCACUGUAGACUAAGAAAAACUUUCAUACCAUUUAUACUUAACUUUGUAUGUUUUGCCAUGUGUUUUCUUGCUAUAUGUUACUUAGUUUUUGCUCCCAUUUGGAGAAUGUGCUUCUGUGUAUUUGCAAAAUUGUGCCUGGAUUAUUUUAAAACAUGAAUAAAUGUAUACAAUUUUC